GCCUGUGCUGUAACAGAUACCAAUAAUAUUAUCUUUUCUGUCUAUCUGUAUUAAGGAAUCGGAAUGAUGUCAGGAAGAGACAACGACAAUCUCAAGUAUCUUCUGAAUAGUUCCUUCAGCCAUAGCCUCGUUGACACAAGUAUCAGUGUCUUAGAAACAUUAAGGGUAACGAAUAAAUUAAAUGCAAGAGCUAACUAUAAGAUUGAAGCCUCUAGUCCAGUAGGCCUACAAGCCUUUCUCUACUAUUCUGCUCAGUCAACCUCAACUCUAGAUUCAGAUGAAGUCUCGGGAGAUGGCACUGUGGACGGAUCACUUAAAAUUGGUUCAUUCUACACCAACACCUCCUACACCCACAACUACAAUGUGCAUCCACUAGAUAGAGAAGGAAGAGGAGAGUCCACCCUACAUUUUGACUCACCAUUCAUCAAAGUUCACAACAUGAUCUAUGGAACCUACACAAACUCUGUGUUGAACAUUGUUUCCAAAACCAAUACCCAGGAUGAUGCCCUCAAGCAUUUAGCAGAGCUCAAAUAUAAAGAUGCACAACUGACUCUGAAGCUUAAUGCUAUUGCCACUGCCAUGGGCAAUUCACUUAGUAACAAGGUUGAGCUUGGUGUGUCCAGUCACAUGGCCAUCCUCAGAAUUGAGUCACAGGCAGAUGAUGACAUACAUAGGGCAUACUCACUUAUAACAGGAUCCCUGGAUUCAGAUGGGCUUAAGGUAAACUCUGACGGUUCCCUCACCUUUGACACAGGUCGUGGAUUACACAAAGCUUCUGUUAUGGCUGACAGACAUGGUCUGACCACAAGUGGAACUAACAGCUUUCAGUGCAGCCCUAUCACAGUAGAGAAUAUCUUCCAUGGCGCUAUAGACAACAAUGGAGCCUCCCUGUCCUCCAGGACAAAAGCAAUGGCUGAGGAGAGCAGAGGAGAGCUGAACAUUGAGGGUAAAAUCACAGCUGCAGAAGCUUCUUUGAAUGGUGUUCUCAAGGCCAAUGCAUAUGAUACAGCCACAAGAAACAACAUGGAUAUUGUUCUAAACCGAAGGGCUCUGACCUUUACUAGCUAUAGCAUUGGAACAUUGAAGCAGAUGAAUACAGAAAAUAGCCACACGCUGACGCUCACUCUGUGGACCCUAGCCCUUCAGUCCAAGACUAACAACGUUAUCUGUGAAGAUAUUUACUAUAAGCAAGACACCAAGGUUAAUAUGAAACCAUUUGUAAUGUCAUUUGAUAUGACAAAUUAUCUCAAGUUUUAUGAUGUCACUUUGAACACUGAAGGCCACAUGAAGCUUGAGCCAGUUAAGGUUGACCUUAGUGGAAGUAUGAAGGGAUCUUAUGGAGAAGAACACAACAUUAAACAUAUCUAUGAACUCAAGUAUGAUGAUAUGGCUGGCACAAUGAAAUACAGAACGUUUGGAAAUGUAAUGGAUGCCCAGUUAAGUCACAGCUGUGAACUUGAGUUUGCUGGACUUUCCUCCAAGUCAAACUGUGAGACACGGAUAAAUUCUGAAGCUCUAUCUUUUGAAAGUACUAUUCGCACCAUGGCACUGCCUUUUAGCCUCACGGUCGAUGUGCUUGUCAACAGUGAUGGUGAAAUUAAUAUAUAUGGGAGGCACACUGGACAGCUGUACAGCAAGUUGUUAAUUAAAACGGAGCCCCUAGCUGUUGCAUAUUCGCAUGACAGUCGGGUAUCAGUUACACAUAUGCUUCCAAAUGGGAAUUUUUCCACCAAUUUAGACAACAAAUUUGAUGGCCUCCUGACUCCAAGUGACCAAUCUCUGACCUGGAAAGUGAAAUCUAAACUAAACAAUCAUGCUUACAACCAGGACAUUGGUACUUACAAUAAUCCUGAGAAGAUUGGACUUGAGUUGUCAGGAAUAAUGUUAACCGACAUUUUCAGCAAAAUGAGCGAAGAUAAGAUUUCAGAUAUACAAGAAUUUAGUAUGGCUGGUUUUCUCAUUUAUGACAAGAACAGUGACUGUCAUAUCAUUUACAUCCCAUUCAUUGAGAGCUUUCCUGUUGCUUUUGAGCAGCUGAAGAAUACAUUUGUGCAAGCCUUAGAAUCACUUCAACAGUUCAUCAACAGUUUAGACUUUAAUCAGCUAAUCACAGACUUUAGAGCCAAGUUGGAUCAGCUACCAAUGCAAGUGGGUGACUUCAUGCGAGUCACAGACAUAGAGAACAAAGUGAAUCAAGCAAAAGCAAAACUGGAUUAUUUGAUCAAUGAAUUUGCUGUAACAAUGGAUGACUUUGAGGUCGCAAUGAACAACUUGAGAAAGAACAUGGAAAAUAUUGUCAUGAACAUUGCCACCAAAAUUAGUGAACUCAUCCUUACAGUCAAAGACUAUGUUAAGACCAGACACUUUGCUGACAAGAUAACAAAUAUACUUUCACAACUUGGAAAUAAGCUUUGGGAAUUAAAUGAAAAGUAUCAGAUCAAGCAGUCACUUGUCAAAGCACUUGAUGCCAUCGAGGAUAUUAUCGGACAGAUUGACUUACAGAAGCUCACAGAGGGCAAUGCCACAUGGCUGCAAGAACUUGAUUCUAAAUAUGGAAUCUUGGGGAAAAUCAAAGACAAACUGUCCAAAAUGAAACAUGCCACUGAGAACGUAGACAUCCACAUGUUUUUCCAAAAUAUAAAGGAUUACCUUCUCUCAAGUGAUUUGAUCAUGUAUGUUGAGCAGCUAUCAUAUAAAACCCCCUCUACGGAGAUAGCAAAAGUGAUGGAAUCUAUAAAUGAUGUUAUUGUCAGCUGGAUUGAUGAAUAUGAAAUUCCCAACAAAAUCAAUACAAUGUAUUCUUACAUUAGGGAUCUAAUUGUAAAAUAUGGUCUUGAUGAUAAAUUCAAAGAAUUAAUGGAUCAGGUAGUGAUUCUCAUUGAGGAAUUCAAGAUUGAAGAGACUGUGCAGUCAAUGGUAGAUGCUCUGAAAUUUCUUGACUUUGAAUUUGUGUAUGAUAAAAUUAUACAACUUCUACACAGCCUGAAAGGACAGCUAAGAGCAACUGAGUUUAUGAAAAGCAUUAAUGACCUCAAUAAACAAAUUUCCUCAAUGCUUAAGUCAAUGAAGGAAUUUGACUACAGUGCGUUCAUUGAUGAGACCAACAAGAAGUUUGCUGAAGUGGCAAACUAUAUCAAUGAGCAGAUUAAAAUGUAUGAGAUUGUGCAAAAAAUUGAGGCAGUUAGGAAAUUUUUCAGAGAGAUCCAAAGUACCAUCUUUGCAUAUUUGGAUGAACUCAAAAACACAAAGGUUGUUGACGCUCUAAAGAAGCUGAAAAAUGUGAUUGACAAUACAUUUUAUAAUGACAUCAAGAUGAAAAUGCAGGACAUCCUUGAGGACAUGCGUCAAAGAAUCCUUGACAUGGAUAUCAGAAAUGAAAUGUACAUUUACCUCAAAAGAGCAAGUGAAUCCUACAGCAAUGUGACUGCCUACAUUUCUACACAGUUUAACCAACUGAUUGAGAAGAUCAGAGAAGUGGCCAGCCAAUACGAGUUCAUUACACAGAUGCAACAAACUAUAGAUGGAGUUCUGGAUGCACUUAAAAGAGCUGAGAUUGCAGUUCCCACUUUUACUGUACCUUUCACUAACCUUGUCAUUCCAGCAUUUACAAUCAACCUGAACAAACUGCAGGAAAUAAGAAUCCCAGCUCAAAUUUCAGUCCCUGAGGUCACCGUCCUCAACUCCUACAAAAGUCCUGCUUUCACCAUAGACUUUGAUGAAAUCAAAGCAGAUAUAGUUGCAAUCAUAGAUGACAUCAGAGAAUUUGAGAUUCAAAUGCCUGACCCUGAGGUAUUCUUUGGUGAUCUUAAAGUUGUCUAUUUUCCUAAAGUACCAGAUCUCACCUUCACAGAAAUAAGUCUCUCAGAAAUCAAAUUUCCAGUCCUCAGCAUUACCAAAUUAAAUCAGAAGGGUUUUGAAAUCACAAUGCUUCCAAUUCCAGAGAUAAAAUUACCUGAUGUUCCCAGUGACAUUUGUAUCCCAGCUUUCGGUAAACUCCAUGGAGAAUUUAGAGUGAACUCCCCACAGUACACUCUUGCAACUAUAGGAAAGAUUGACAACUCAACAUCUACACCAAAAAACCCACAGUUUACUGCCACUAUUACUUCUUGUGCCAAAUCAGCCAUCAAGCCCCUCGAAUACACCUUUGAAGCCACUGCUCAGUUGGAAACUCCCAGAAUGAAGAAGUUGCUCUUCACAGAAACAAUGAAAGCUACGCAUGUGGCCUUCUCCAUUGAUCACGAAGGAUCCCUAACACUCACCGGCUCAUCUACUGAGGCUGCUGUUAAGACUACUACCAAGGCCACAACCCAAAUGUACACAGCAGACUUGGUCAACAAAAUGACACUUACAUUAAAGAAUGGAAUCUCUGCAACCAUAGACACAACCUACAACCACAACUUGGACAUCCUAUCAAUUGAAACUUCUAGUCAGGCAUCAAUAAAACAGAAUGUAGCAGCCAUCAUGGAAUUAGGCAGAAUUACUAUGACCGGUGAAACUUCUGGUAAUGGAAAGUGGUCCAUUCAAGACUACUCUGAUGAAGGUACACACAAUAGCAAUGUAAAAUUAAACAUUGAUGUUAGCACUGCCACGUUAACUUUUGUAGGACAAACAGACUGUAAGACUAUGAAAACAAAGCAAAUAUUGACUGCUGAAUCAGUGACCUUAAACCACAUCACAGUUGAAGCAAGAUGUGAAACCGAAGUUCCAUUUGUCAAGAAGAGUGUUAUGGUUUUAAAUGGAGAGACUGAUAUUGGGAACUUGAAAGUUGCAGUGACAGCCUCUCAUAAUGCUGAAUUCACUGAAAGUCUGACUGGAUUCAUUGCAAACUCGCUGGAAUUCAUGACCCAUCCAUUUGAGACUGUACUUGAUGUUAAGAAUAAAGUAAACUUAAAGAUGUUCUUUCCCCUGAAACUUACCGGUAAGGUGGAUCUCCAGCAUGAUUAUGGUGUUACACUAAAUUCUGAGAAGCAGCAUGCUUGUUGGUUUGCUUUGGCAAGAUUCAACCAGUACAAGUAUAACCACAAUUUCACUGCAGAAAACAAUGAAAUGGACUUCCUCCUCCAUUCAUCAGCUUCUGGAGAGGCUAAUUUGGACUUUUUGACUGUUCCUCUAUCUAUCCCAGAGAUAGUUGUGCCUUAUCUUAAAAUUAAAACCCCUGAGAUCAGAGACCUCUCACUUUGGAAAAAUGCUGGAUUCGAAACCUUGCUUACCACUCCUCAACAGUCAUUUGAUAUGAACCUGAAGCUUCAUUACUACAAGAACCCUGAUACACAUUGCUUUGAAUUACACCUUGAACCAAUUUACAGUGCAAUAAAUGACAAUGCCAACAUCAUCAAUGCUCAAUUUGAACAAAGUAGAGACAUAGUAGUUGCACUUCUAAAAGAUUCUUACAACCAAGCAAAGUCACAGUACAUCAAACACAAAAUAGACACUUCUAAUCUGCCCCCUAGGAUCUUUGCUGUCCCUGGAUACAAAAUACCAAUAUUCAAUGUUAAAGUUUCUGCUUUCAGGGCUGAGAUGCCAGCCUUUAGCUACUUUUUUCCCAAGGAGUUUAGUACACCAAGCUUUAAGAUUCCAGCACUGGGUUUCUCUGUGCCAUCCUAUACCCUUGUGCUACCGUCUCUGGAAUUACCCAUAAUCUAUGUUCCAGAAAUGUUGAGUGAAAUAAAGCUGCCCACUUUCACACUUCCAGCCAUUCAAAACAACAUUUUGAUCCCAGCCAUGGGAAACAUCACUUGUGAUUUCUCCUUCAAAUCUACUGUGAUUUCCUUAAGUACUAAUGCUGGCCUUUACAAUGUGACUGACAUUGUUGCUCAGUUAAGUGCUUCCUCAACAUCUAUCUUUGAAAUUUUGAAUGGAAAAAUUGAUGGUACCACCAGUUUGACAAAGAAGAGAGGAAUAAAACUGUCCGCCUCUGUUUCCCUGGAGCAUAACAAUGUGGAGGCAAACCAUGAAUGUGCUGUCAGUCUCACCGAAAUGAGCGUGGAAGUCUCUGUGGCCAACAAUGCAAAAAUCAAUCUACCCUCUCUCAAUCUAGAAUUGAAUCAGGAAUUCACAGGAAAUACCAAGACCAAGCCAAAUGCUGCUUUCAAGAAAAAAAUAAAAUACAUGUUUAUCAUUCCUCUGAUUGAGUCUGGAGGCAAAGGAAACCUUGAUAUGAACUGGGCACUGGAAGUACUUUCUUCCUGUGUGUCACUGGAGACCUCUUUCCAAGGAAAGUCAGACAUAUUGAUAAUGGACAGUUUUAACCUUGCUGGAGAUGUAGAAAAUGAGGCCAGUUUCUGCCUUAAUGCCAAUAGACUGCGUUCAACUGUCAGGACUGCCUUAAACUCAAACAUUGACAAACAGGAGAUAAAAAAACAAAACUCAAACAAUAACAUCCUCCAGUUUAAUGUGAAUAAGAACUUAGCUCUUGAGGUCUCCUUGCGGCGGAUGUUUGCAACAGUUGAUUACACCAGCAAUAACAAUGUAAAUUUUGCAUCUUUCAACACAAAUGGAAAGCACAUUGUUAAAGGAGAACUAGACUUUGUUCCUUUAACAACCUUUAAGACUACAUUAAACAUUGAUGUAAGUCAGCCAAGUAGUUUGGGUCAUGCUGGACUCAUUCAGAGCAUCAACCUUGCCAUCAACUCAGAGAAGCAAUCUUUCACCUGGAGUAGUGUUGAACAGCUGGCAUCUCUCAUGCAUGCUUGUGAUUUACUCCUGUCCAAUGAUGACUCUGAAGCACGCAUGGACUUGACUGGAUCAGUGGAAGGCCACCUAGCUUUCGUGAAGUUAGUUAAGCUUCCUGUAUAUCAGAAGACCCUCUGGGAUGUUCUGAAGUGUGGUCAAGUCACAAAUAUAGACAAUUUACAAUUCCUUAACAUAUCUUCCAGCAUUGUUUACACAAAGACAGUGGGUGGCCAGAAGUAUACAAUGCCAUUUAAACUGUUUGAAAACAGCAUAACUUUUAGCAUACCUGAGAUUAGCAUUACAGUGCCUUCUUGGGUAAAAGACAUUCCUCACUCUAUAAGGAACAUAGACCUGCGAUUUGAAAACCCAGAUGUCCCUAAUUAUCUUACCUUUCCCCCUUCAAUCUCAGUUCCAGCAUUUGAUGUGCCAUUUACCAACUUGCACCUGGAACCUUUUACAAUUGAUCCUCAGAACCUUAACAUCCCUAAUGUGAUCACCACUGCAGCCUUUGAAAUCAUGCUGCCUGGCUUGCCAAUAAUGUCAGUACCCAGUUACAAUAUUGACACAACGUAUCUGGAGGGGAGAGUAUCAUUCCUUUCAUUUAAGAUGCCACAAUAUGAAAUCACAGUCUCAUCUUUAACACUACCAAAAUCCUUUAUCAUUGGAAAGCACACUAUUGGCCUAAAUGAAAUCACAAACCAUAUUUUAAAUUUUGAACUACCAACCAUCAUCAUCCCAGAGCAAAAGAUUGAAAUCCCUGAAUUUGCCUUACAUCUGCCUUCAAGUGUAUGUAUUCCAGCUUUUGGAACCCUCAGUGUAACAAUGAAGGUUUCCUCUCCUAUUUAUAAUGUGUCAACUUCUGCCAACCUGGAGAAAAACGACUCUAGUUUUUUAACUUCACUACAUUCCAUCUGUACUUCUACCAUGAUAUUCUUGGAAUAUGACCUCUUUGCCAGUUCAACCCUUGAAUUUGAUAAUGGACUAAUCAAUGUAAAUGGGAAGUGCAAUUUGAUUCACAGUGAUGUAAAUGUCAACUGGCAACAUGUUUCAGCACAAAACCUGAGGGAGUCUCAUCAUAGUAUCAAUGUUGACAUUAUCAGUCAAACAUUUGCUGAUGUGAGCUUUCACUUUGCUUACCACAAAGACGGCAUCACGGUAUCUAUGUCUUGUCCAUCAUCUGGUUUCCUCGGAAUGCAGUUUCAGCAGAGGUCUCCAUCACAGUUGUAUGGAAAACUGUUUGGUCGCUACCUGUCUACUCCUGAAAGGGAUACUGAUGUUUUCACUGCCAAAGUCACACUGAGAAACUCUACGAAGUUGAUUUUACAGACAUCAUGGAAUUGGGACUUUCUUCAUGAUGUGAUUGAGGGUACCAAGGACAGGAUUCCUGUUAUGACUAAUACUGUGCUCAAGUUCAUUAACAAGUAUCACACCAUUCACUUUGGCUUUGAUCUCAACCGUGGUGGCAUGAAACUGAAAAACACAGUUUCCAACGUCAUAGAGAGAGCCUAUCAUGAAGUGCCUUUGUCUUUUAACACACUGCAGAAUUCAGUCAAACACGUCAGUGAUCAAGUAAAAGACAUGUACAGGACAGCAUCUGAUGGCUUGAUGUCCAUGAGUGUGCAGGAUGUUAUAGACAGGUUGGCUCACGAGGCAAGACAAGUCUUGAAACACAUUGGAGACAAGAUUUAUGUCUUGUUUGAUGCGGUCACGCAGUUUUUGAGUGACACAAAGUUUACAUUGCCUGGAUCUGAAGAAAAACUCUCUGGCCUAGAGAUGUUCCAGCGAGCAUGUCAGUCUGUAUCAAAAGCCACUGACAGGGCAGUUCAAAGGUUUGCCAGCCUUGCAGAGAAAACUUCUAGAUACAUUAGGGGAAUGACGUUCACUGUACCUGGAACUGAUGUUGUUGUCAAUGGAAACAAGAUCAUGGAUAAACUGAUGUCUUCUGUCAGAUCUGCAUUUGAUCAGCUAAGACAUUCAGUGAGCAGGGGGUUCAGUUGGCUUCACAAAACAUUUAAUGGCCUCCUCCAGGUGAUUACUGAAAAUGCAGAGAAUUUCAUCACAUACCUUCAAAAUGAAAAUGUUGAAAUCGCCUCUCAAGUUGAUGCUAUCUCUGCAAAGGUUCUGCAGUCCUCAAACCAACAUACUAAUGAGGCCAAGAGAUAUGUGGCUGAUUAUAAAGACCUCACCAAACUGAGGAUUCAAGAGGCUUAUAAUGCUUUAAGUAUGGUGCAGGUAAAUAAUGAUGCCAAGGAGUUUAUCAGUAUUUUUCAGUCCGAUCUCUACAGAGGGCUUAAUGAAACUGUAGAUCUAUUGAGAAGGACAUCCCUGUGCACAGCACCAUACAUUAGAGUGAGCAGUGAAAGGUUGGACUUUGAAAUUCCUUUACCCUUUCUUUGGAAGUCUUUUAGCGAAUGGCCAAUGCAAUCCAGUCCGUGAGUCAUGGCUUUCUUGUUGGUUGAUAAUGGCUGACUAAAUUUAUGUCUGUGUGAAAAAAUAACUUUUGGUUGAUAUCAAAAACUGUGUUUAAGGUUGUUUUAACUCAUGUAAAGUAUAUACAAGUUAUACUUACAUGAGAUUUUGUUAAAUCUGACGAUUUAAGCAAUUUUGGCCUGCCAAUGUUUUGCAUGCAUUGAAGAAGUGUUCAAUUAAACAAUACUGAUUACAGAUGCCAUUCUGUGCCAACAUUUUCAACAAAUCAAUGGGCAUGAAACCUUUGGAUGUCAAUGACAGAAUCAGGACCCAGUGGCAGAGCGACAAGGGGUGGUGGGGGUGUUCUGGGGCUACAACACCUAAUGUUUUCUCAAAAGCCCUGUAUUUUUUGUGAUAUUAAAAUACCUUUACCUUUGAGUCAUUUCCCCCUUCGACUGAACCUCAGUAGAAGUUAUUAUUUUGUUUAAUUCUGCCAAAACAGUAUUAAAAACUGACUUGUGCUGCAUGGUUUAAAGGUCUGUCAAGGCUACAAUAAAUAGGCCUAUCAAAACUUAGCCAUUGUGUUUUGUUGUCCACCCCUACUUACAUUUCAUCAGAGUGACCAUGGUUACAAUCAUAGAUAAAAUUUGUCAGUUGUCUUGUGCCAUACUGUGCCACAGCAA